AUGUGUCACUCGCUGUAUCGUCUGCGUCAGUGCGUCAAGCUCUCGUUUACCAUCUUAGUGCUCUCUGUGGGUGUCCUGUCAUGCGUGGACGUCCUUGCUAGAGCGCAGGCAGACGAUGCUGCGCCAGAAAUCUUGUACGUGCGUGGCUGCCGAGACGGUGCGGCUGAGGCACGGGAGACGACUGGAUGCUUUGCGGCACGCGCCGCCGCGUCCGUAUCGUCGUCGACUGCACCUGCCCCAAUCGCAAGUGUCACACUCUCCUUGCAGGGCGUGCACCUUCCGUCAGAGGUGCAAGACACGGACAACGGAGACUCGCGGGCGGUACGGCACCGGGUGCUGCUGCAGGAGCACCGCCGUCCUCCGCUGCUUGGCCAGGAGCAGAGCGAAGCCGAGACGCGCCUGCUCGAGAAGAUUGUCCUGACCUGCAACCGACCCACGGCUUCGCUGGUAUUUCCUACACAGCUGAUCUCGUGCGAGCUGGAAAACCCGCUCCUCAGCCUCGCUGGCGUGGAGGGCAUGGCACCGCAGCUGGUGCGGCUGGUGAGUCAGCCGAUGUGGUUCGACGUACGUCUUGAGGAGCGACGCAGCGGCGAGGAAGCCUACCGCACCGUUACCGUACUGCGCCGUGCGGUGGAGUUGCGGGUGAGCAACACGACGAGCGCCAAAGACGAGACGUCCGCCGACGCGCCGCGGGGACAGGCGGAGAAGGUGUCAUGGGAGGAGGUGCGUCAGCACCCGCUCGAGCGUCUGUACGCGCCGUUGCCGGCGUCUCAGGACGGCGCCAAGCGCGCGGACGGUAGGUACGAUGGCGACGGCGCAGCGAAUGGCGAUGAGGUGUGGGUGGAGCUCGGCAUCGGCGGCCUCAAGCGUGAGCUCCGCACUCUCUUCCGCCGCGUCUUCCUCUCUCGGCUUCCGUCUCUGGCACCGCUCGCCGAAGCGUUGCAGCUGCAGCACGUGCGCGGUGUCAUUCUCUACGGACCGCCCGGGAACGGCAAAACCCUCAUUGCGCGCAACUUGUUCCGCCUGCUGGGCCCUAACACGCGCCUCUCCGUCGUGAACGCGGCGGACAUCCUGUCGAAGUUUGUCGGCGAGUCCGAAAAGAACUUGCGGGACGUGUUCGAGGGAUACGACAUCGGCACGACAUCCAAGGAGGAGACUGCACAGCAGGAGAACCAGAGGUUUGACCGCUCGGCGCACAAGAGGAGUGGCGCAAAGAAGAAGGGCGCGCUGCUGGUGCUCGUGAUUGACGAGUUCGAGGCACUCUUCCGCCGCCGCGGCCACUCUAGCGAUGAGAGCUCUGCCAAGGCAGUGUACGACGGUGUCACGAACACACUGCUGUCUCUCAUGGACGGCGUGAGGAGCCGAAACGACCUGCUGGUUGUCGGCCUGACGAAUCGGCUGCAGGCGAUCGACUCGGCGCUGCUCCGUCCUGGCCGUUUCGAGGUGCUCAUCGAGAUCCCCGCGCCGGACGUCCCUGGCCGCGAGGACAUCUUUUUCAUUCAUACAGAGCGACUGCGAGAGCAGAACUUCUUGGCACCCGACGUGGUUCUGCGAGACCUAGCACUGGAAAGCGGCGGGUUUUCCGGAUCUGACAUCGCCGGCACGGUGCGCUCUGCCCUGAGCUACGCGUUGCUGCGGUAUCGCAGUGAUGGGCUCUUUCAGGCCGGCCCGCACAGCAAGGAGGCCGACGAGGGGUCGUCUGGCGUGGCGGACGCGGAGAUGAUUGGCCACCGCGCAGGCGACGUUGGCGGGCUUGGUCUGGAGGGCACAGGAGGGAGCGGCAGGAUGAGUUCGUCCGCCUCGUCGCCUUCGCUGUUCAAGGUAACGCUGGAGGACUUUGAGCGCGCCUUCAAGGACAUCCGCAGCGCCAAAGAUGAGGUGUCUGUCCUGUCGCAGCUCUCCGCUGACGGCGACAGGGCCAGUACCGAGAUUGCCGACCACGAUGGCACCGUGAGCAAGAACAUCAAGAAGGCGACUGCGGUGAUUGAGCACGUGAUGCAGAGCAACCGCACCGUGACAGGAAUGCUCGCCAUCACCGGUGCCCCAGGCACCGGCAAGUCCACCGUGGCCCGAGCCCUCACCCGCGUCUUCGACUUCACAACGGUGCGCUACUUUUCUUGUCGUCGCCUGGCGCAGUUGCCCGAUCACGCGGAGCAACUGGGAAAGCUUCGGGACGCUCUCAACGACGCCUCGCACACAGAAAGUGGGAUCGUGGUCCUCGACGACUACGAUGUUCUCGUCGGCGUCAUGGGUACCGGUGGCUACGCCGGGAACACGCUGCGCAGCUUGCUGUACGACUACAUGCACCGCUCGGGGGGCGUAAGUCGUGCCUUGACCGCGAACUCACCGUUGGCGGCCGUUGAUGAGGCAGGAGGUAACGUGGCUAUGAACGCUGAAAGCCGUGUCUCGGCAGAUCGCAACCACCGCAUACUGGUGCUCACGUCAUCCCUCUCGUCGGUUCUACAGCAGCUUUCUGUCGAUGCGCACCUGCGCGUGCAUCCAGUGCUGCGACGCGGGGCAAAAGCCCUGCUGCAGGAGUAUCGCGUGGCAGACCCACUGCAAUCAGUCAAGGCGGCAGCGGCCUACCCGGUGUCGAUGAGCUACCGCACAUUUCUCCGCAUCACGGACAUGGCCCUGCAGCGGUGGGUGCGGGAUGUCGAAAACACAGCGGCAGUCAUUGGCGACUCGCAGUCGGGUGACGUGGAGUCGACGAUGAAGUUGCCGGCAUACUUUGCCACAUCUGAUCAGAUGCGCGUCGUCUACAACGAGAUGCGCGCGAGGCAGGUGGCUGCGAACUUUUACGCGGUUGGCGACGAUGCCGCCAGCCGCAGCUUUGUCGCCGCAGUGCGCACCACAGUGGCAGAUAUGGGGUUGAUGGACCCGUACCAAGGCUGGAGCGGCGAGGGUAGCGAUGAGGACGCCAAGGAGGCCGCGGCGGACGUGGACGAGGUUGUGGGCGCUGCGGAUGAACUACUGUGGUAG